GGGAGGGGGGGUAUGGAAUAAAAGGCUCAUGUGAUCUGUCACAUGACAGCGAAUCUGCAAAAAGGCGGAAUGGAGCUCCGAGGCUGCCUCCUAGGGCUCCUUGCCCUCUUCGUCACCGGCAAAUGCAGUUACAGCCCGGAGCCUGAUCAGCGGACGACGCUUCCCCCAGGCUGGGUGUCCUUGGGUCGUGUGGACUCUGAGGAAGAACUGAGUCUGACCUUUGCCUUGAGGCAGCAGAACCUGGAAAGACUGCUGGAGCUGGUGCAGGCUGUGUCGGAUCCCAGUUCUCCUCGAUACGGAAAAUACCUGACCCUAGAGGAUGUGGCUGAGCUGGUCCAGCCAUCACCACUGACCCUCCUCACGGUCCAGAAAUGGCUCUUGGCAGCUGGAGUCCGGAACUGCCACACAGUGACCACACAGGACUUUCUGACUUGCUGGCUGAGUGUCCGCCAGGCAGAACUGCUGCUACCUGGGUCUGAGUUUCAUCGCUAUGUAGGGGGACCUUCAGAGAUCCAUGUUAUAAGAUCCCCACAUUCCUACCGGCUCCCAAGGGUCUUGGCCCCCCACGUGGACUUUGUGGGGGGGCUGCACCGCUUUCCCCCCACAUCAUCCCUAAGGCAACGCCCAGAGCCACAGGUGGCAGGAACUGUUGGCCUGCACCUGGGGGUGACCCCAUCCGUGAUCCGGGAGCGAUACAACUUGACAGCACAAGAUGUGGGCUCUGGCACAACCAACAACAGUCAAGCCUGUGCCCAGUUCCUGGAGCAGUAUUUCCAUGACUCAGACCUGGCUGAGUUCAUGCGCCUCUUUGGUGGGAAAUUUGCACACCAGGCAUCAGUAGCCCAUGUGGUGGGACAACAGGGCCGGGGCCGGGCUGGGAUCGAGGCGAGUCUAGAUGUGGAGUACCUGAUGAGCGCUGGUGCCAACAUCUCCACCUGGGUCUACAGUAGCCCUGGCCGGCAUGAGUCACAGGAGCCCUUCCUGCAAUGGCUUCUGCUGCUCAGUAAUGAGUCAGCCCUGCCACAUGUGCAUACUGUGAGCUACGGAGAUGAUGAGGAUUCCCUCAGCAGUGUCUACAUCCAGCGGGUCAAUACUGAGCUCAUGAAGGCUGCUGCUCGGGGUCUUACCCUGCUCUUUGCCUCAGGUGACAGUGGGGCUGGGUGCAGGUCUGUCUCUGGAAGACAUAAGUUCCGUCCCAGCUUCCCUGCCUCCAGCCCCUACGUUACCACUGUGGGAGGCACAGCCUUCCAGAAUCCUUUCCGAGUCACAGAUGAGAUCGUUGACUAUAUCAGUGGUGGUGGCUUCAGCAAUGUGUUCCCGCGGCCUUCAUACCAAGAGGAAGCUGUAGCCCAGUUCCUGAGCUCCAGCCCCCACUUACCACCAUCCAGUUACUUCAAUGCCAGUGGUCGUGCCUAUCCAGAUGUGGCUGCACUCUCUGAUGGCUACUGGGUUGUCAGCAACAGCAUGCCCAUUCCAUGGGUGUCUGGUACCUCGGCCUCUACUCCAGUGUUUGGGGGGCUCAUAUCCUUGAUAAAUGAACACAGACUACUCAGCGGCCACCGCCCUCUUGGCUUUCUCAACCCAAGACUCUACCAGCAGCAUGGGGCAGGACUCUUUGAUGUAACCCGUGGCUGCCAUGCAUCCUGUCUGAAUGAAGAGGUGCAGGGUCAGGGUUUCUGCUCUGGCCCUGGCUGGGAUCCUGUGACAGGCUGGGGGACACCCAACUUCCCAGCUCUGCUGAAGACACUGAUUAACCCCUGACCCUUUCCUGCCAGGAGUUGGUGGCUUGGUCCCUUUUUCUGCACUGAUGAAAGACCUACUGGACCUUCAAUUAUUGGCUACCGCAGAGAGCUUAUCUCCCUAAUCCUGAAAUGCUUUGAGCUUGACUUGACUCCUAGCCCUACCCUGCUCCAUCAUUCUCAGGGCUCUCUACUCCUGCCUCAGGAUCCUCUACAGAUGCUAUAACCAGUACUGUUUGGGAGCCUCCACCCUGCCCCCUCCCCACACACGCCUCCCUCUCAUUCUCUCUCUUUUCAACUAGGCUUUUCCAUUUCAUAUUCACUCUUCAGUUCAUUGCAAUUAGAUCUCUGCUCUUACUUUUUGACUCUUUCCUCCCCUGAUCCUGAGAAACAGUGGCCUCCCUGUUAUUUCAGCCAGUGCAUACUUCCCAAUCCUUGCUUUAUGAGCCCUCCAUCAUAGUUGCCCACCCACUCCUUCCUAGUUCCCAGAGCUUAACUUCUCUGACCAUUCCUUCUUCCUCAUUCUCUUUCUCUGCUUCCUCAUUGAGUGUGGGUGUGCUCCAUUGCUCCAUCCUUAGUCUUUUGUUCUUUUCACUUUACUCAUUGUCCACUGGAACAAAUCAGUCACUGGCAUCCACAACCAUUACUGUCUCACUAAAUCAGAUUUUCUGUCCAGUAAUGAUUGAUACCUCACAUGCAAGAUGUAUGUUACUUGAUAGUUCAUUAUCUUCCUUCCCAAUUGCAGACUGUUCUUUUGUUUCUUCUUGGUAAAUGAUACCAUACUCUUCUAACCAAGCCAGAAAACUAAAUGUUAUCCUACACACACAUCUUCACCUAUCUCCAGCACCACCUUCAAUCAACAAGUCCUACUGACUUAACAUCUUAAAUAUAUCUUUGUUGGUCCACAAGUCCUGACAAUUAUAUUUCCUGAGUAUGUCUAGAACUCAUGUGCUUCUCUCCAUCUCUAAUGCUACGACAUUAGCUUAGAGCCAUAUUCCCUUUCCUCUGAAUUGUAGGAGGCCCUUGACAAGUGUCCUUACUUCCUGCGCUUCUCUAAACCAUCUUCCUGAGUGAAAUGCAAAUCCCAUCUACUCAUUUACUUAAGACUCUUCAGAGAUUGAAGUUCAGGCUUUUUAUCAUGACUCACAAAUAUGAUCCGUUCUCUGCUAUUUGUUCCUGAUUAAGGAAUUUAUACUCCCAAAGUUUCCCUCAACACAAUUCCACUUUUGUUCAAGAUAUUCUGUGCCCUUAACAUGACCCCUGACUUGCAUUUGCUGGUUGAUUUCAAGGAUUCUUUCAAUACUCAGCUGGGAAGUCUUUUUGGCUCCCUGAAGCAAACUGAUUUUGGUAUGGCAGAAAAAUCCUAGAUUUUGAAACCAACCCUGUUUGAUUUUUUAUUCUGAUACAUACUAGGAGAGAACCUUAGGCAAGAAAGUUCAUCUGCCUUAGUUUUUUCAUUUAAGGGGGGUAUUAAUACCUGUCUCUCGCAAUAAGCAGGGAAUAGUUAAAUGGAAAAAAGUUGAUGGCGUGUUGACACAAAGUAGGCAGCAACUGUUCCCUUCCUUGCACUGCACACUAGUGUCUAUCUCUAGUACUUUAACUCCCACAUAGUAUUGAAAUUGCCAGUUUACCUGUUUGCCUCCUUUUCCAAGAUCAUUGGUGCCUGGAGGACUAGAAUCUUGCCCUACUUGACUGUGUAUUCCCAGGCCCUAGUUCAAGAUUGGCAAACAGGAAUUAAAUAAAUGAUUGCUACAUUGAAAUCCCAA